AUGCAAAAUCUUGCCGUUUUUGCUUUGCCGGCCCGCGUUAGAACAAUUGCUGCCAGAAUGUCUACGUUGUCCACAUCACUCACGGAUGCUUUCAAUGCGUCGGGUCUUGUCCCAUCAGUCGUCGCAAAGACUCCCCAGAAACUCUUACAGGUGUCAUAUGGAGGCAAAAGCGUCGCUCUGGGCAAUGAGUUGACAACAGAUGAUGUUGCCAAUGCACCUACUGAAAUCAGCUUCGAUGCUGACUCGAAGAAGCUGUACACGGUGCUCUUGACAGAUCCUGACGCACCGUCUCGUGAAAAUCCACAGUAUGGCCCUUGGCGUCAUUUUGUGCGGGUAAACGCAAAUGGCACAGAGUUGAACACCUCGGGAGAUGUGAUCACUCCUUACAUUGGCGCCAAGCCUCCAUCAGAUACUGGUUUCCACCGCUACGUAUGGCUGGCCUAUGAGCAGCGGAACGGGACAAUCAAUCCGCCAGAGGUUAUCGAUUUUCCGGCACGACGUAACUGGCAACUAAAUGAGUGGUUGGCGGAGAAUGGACUGGAGGGGCCAGUGGCCGGAAAUUUCUUUGAGGCACGAAACGACACCGAUCGGACGAAUAACGUCGGCACCUCAUCCCUCAAAAUGGCACUGCUGGCAACGGUCGUAGCGAUUACGCAUCUC